AUGAAGGCAGAGAAUACAGGCAUUGCUGCUGCGCUCCUCAGAGGGUCGAGUGCAUGCCCGUACACUGAAGUAUCCAGCAACUGCAAGAUAUGUGUAAGUCCUAUUGUUUCCUUUGGUUAUACAGAAACCUUGGAAUCUCCUGAUGCUGCUAUCAAGAUACCUCCAUAUCAGCUAAGGGAGAAGUGUCUCCUUCCUCUCCAACUGGCUCUGGAAUCAAAAAGCAUGAAGCUGGCCCAGCAGGCUCUAGCAGGGAUGCAGAAGCUGCUGUCUGAUGAGAGGUUUGUAUCCGUGGAAACAGACUCAGAUGAGAAACAGUUGCUUAAUCAGAUGCUGAAUGCCGUCAAAGUGACUCCUUCACUCAACGAAGACUUGCAGGUUGAAGUGAUGAAGGUCUUGCUCUGUAUAACAUACACCUCCACAUUUGAGCUGAAUGGGAGUUCAGUGUUGAAGAUUGCUGAGGUUUGCAUUGAGACAUAUGUAUCUAGCUGUCACCAGCGGAGCAUUAACACCGCUGUGCGGGCAACCCUCAGCCAAAUGUUGAGUGACUUGACUUUACAGUUACGACAAAAGCAAGAAAAUAUGACAACAGAAAACCAUGACACCUUGCAGAAGUUCAAGAGUCAAGGUACUUCAGCUGAGUCCCUUUGUGAUGACGUUGUAUCUGUCCUCACUGUGCUCUGUGAGAAGCUCCAGGCUGUCAUAAAUGACAAUCGGCAACUUCAGCUUCUUUACUUGGAGUGCAUCCUCUCCAUGUUAAACAGCUCCUCUCCCAGCAUGCACCAGCACAAAGGAUUCACUGAUCUCAUAUGGAAGCAACUGUGUCCAGCCCUAGUAGUAAUCCUAGGAAAUCCAAUCCACGACAAAACUAUCACCUCUGCCCACAGCAGCAUCUGCCUUGAGGCUGAUUCACCUUCUUCAGGGAUCUCUGAUCACGGCCGGGGUUCAGGUUGUUCCUCCACAGCACCUGCCCUUAGUGGGCCCGUUGCACGGACCAUAUAUUAUAUUGCAGCAGAACUGGUUCGACUGGUGGGGUCAGUGGAAUCCAUGAAGCCUGUGCUGCAGUCUCUCUAUCACCGGAUAUUGCUUUACCCACCACCUCAGCACCGAGUAGAAGCCAUCAAAAUUAUGAAAGAGAUACUUGGCAGUCCUCGGCGGCUUUGUGAUUUGGCAGGGCCCUGCUCUGCUGAGUCGGAAUCCAGGAAGAGGUCUAUUUCUAAAAGGAAGUCCCAUCUGGAUCUUCUUAAGCUUAUCAUGGAUGGGAUGACAGAAGCGUGCAUCAAAGGUGGUAUUGAAGCGUGUUAUGCUUCAGUGUCCUGCGUCUUUGCCCUGCUUGGAGCAUUAGAUGAGCUGAGCCAAGGAAGGGGUCUUAGUGAAGAGCAGAUCCAGCUGCUGCUCCGGCGCUUAGAAGAGUUGAAGGAUGGGACCGAGACGAGCAGGGACUCCAUGGAGAUCAAUGACGCCGACUUUAGGUGGCAGAGGCGCAUCCUGUCCUCAGAAAAUCCUGCCUGGGAAUCAGGAAAUGAGAAGAGCCCUGAUAUUAGCAUUAGUGUUACCACAGACACUGGUCAGACCACUUUGGAAGGGGAUAUCGGACAGACAACUCCAGAGGAUAAUCCAGAAAGCCAAAAAAACUCACUGCCAUCUCCAGCUGGACAUGAAAGCAAAGAGAUUCAUUAUAGAGAACCAGAGUCAGAAAUCAUCGACCAGCCAGAUGUUGUUCAGAGAAGCCACACCAUAGUCUAUCCAGAUAUAACUAACUUCUUAUCAGUUGAUUGCAAGACCCGGUCCUAUGGAUCCAGAUACAGUGAAAGUAACUUCAGUGUAGAUGACCAGGACCUUUCUAGGACUGAGUUUGAUUCAUGCGAUCAGUAUUCCAUGGCAGCAGAGAAGGACUCGGGCAGGUCAGAUGUCUCGGACAUAGGCUCUGACAAUUGCUCCCUGGCUGAUGAGGAGCAGACACCACGGGAUUGUCCAGGUCACAGGUCUUUACGUACUGCUGCUCUCUCUCUGAAAUUGCUGAAAAACCAAGAAGCAGACCAGCACAGUGCACGGUUGUUUAUCCAGUCACUUGAAGGUCUUCUACCUCGGCUUAUAACUCUUCCCAGCAUAGAUGAGGUGGAUGGAGCACUGCAGAGCUUCGCUUCAACCUUCUGCUCAGGUAUGAUGCACUCACCAGGAUUUGAGGAAAACCUAAAUUUCAGCUUCCAGACUCUGAUGAACGCAGACAGUCUCUACAUGGUCUCCCAUUACACUUUGCUGCUCAACCUGAAAUUGGCCAACUUGGAUUACUACAGGAAGAAGCCUGCCCAAGCCCCUGUGUUGCUGAAGGAGUUCAUGAGGCAGGUCCAGUCCAGUGGAGUUCUGAUGGUAUUUUCCCAGGCCUGGGUUGAAGAACUGUAUCACCAGGUACUAGAAAGGAACAUGCUGGGGGAAGCUGGAUACUGGGGAAGCCCUGAAGAGCACAAUCUUCCACUUAUCACCAUGCUGACUGACAUCGAUGGCUUGGGAAGCAGUGCAAUUGGUGGCCAAUUGAUGGCAUCUGCUUCAGCUCAAUCUCCUCUUUCCCAAAACCGGAAGGCAGAUGAUUCUGUUGUUGCAGGAGUUGCUUUUGCCCGAUACCUUUUAAUUGGCUGUUGGAAGAACUUGAUUGACACUUUGUCCACACCACUCACUGGCCGCAUGGCGGGCAGCUCCAAGGGGCUGGCCUUCAUCUUGGGAGCAGAAGGAGCCAAGGAGCAGAACCAAAAGGAGAAGGACUCAAUCUGCGUGAGCCUAGAUGGACUAAGGAGGGCAGCCCGGCUGAGCUGUGCUCUAGGAGUUGCUGCUAACUGUGCAUCUGCUCUUGCCCAAAUGGCUGCUGCCUCCUGUGUCCAAGAAGAGAAAGAGGAAAAAGAAAUCCAAGAGCCCAAUGAUACUAUAGCUCAAGUGAAACAGAAAGUGGAGCAGAAACUGGAGCAGAUGGGGAAAGUGCAGGGAGUCUGCCUGCACACUGCUCAUGUUUUGUGUAUGGAUGCGGUCCUUAACGUGGGCCUGGAGAUGGGAAGCCACAAUCAGGACUGUUGGCCUCAUGUGUUCAGGGUGUGUGAGUACAUCAGCACACUGGAGCACACCCACUUCAGAGAUGGUGCUUCCCAGCCCUCCCUUACCAUCACCCAAUCGCAGCAGGCACCAGGAGGGCUGCACCCAGACUCUGAGCCUGGGGAGUCUCCCCAGGCACUGACCCCGGAGCAGGAGACCACCCUCAGCAGCAACCCUGUCAUUCAGCCGGUUUCGAUCCAGGAACUCAUCAAGGAGAGCAGUAAGGGCAGAGCUUUUGACUUCCGUGGAGGCAGCCUGCUGUGUGGGACCAGUGCUGCUAAGGCUGUUCUCACACUCUCCACACAAGCUGACAGGCUCUUUGAAGAUGCUACUGACAAGUUAAACUUGAUGGCACUGGCAGGCUUCCUUUACCAGCUCAAGAAGGCUUCUCAGGCCCAGCUUUUCCAUUCAGUCACAGAUACAGUUGAUUACUCGCUAGCAAUGCCAGGUGAAGUAAAAUCUACCCAGGACAGGAGAAGUGCGCUUCACUUGUUCCGACUUGGUGAUGCCAUGCUCAGAAUUGUAAGGAGUAAAUCUCGCCCGUUGCUCCACCUCAUGCGCUGCUGGAGCCUGGUGGCACCUCACCUUGUAGAGGCUGCCUGUCAUAAGGAGAGACACGUAUCUCGGAAGGCUGUCUCCUUCAUCCAUGACAUCCUCACUGAAGUGCUGACAGACUGGAAUGAGCCCUCUCAUUUUCACUUUAAUGAGGCACUUUUCCGCCCCUUUGAGCGUAUCAUGCAGCUAGAGCUGUGUGAUGAGGAUGUCCAAGACCAGGUGGUCACCUCUAUAGGAGAGUUGGUGGAAAUGUGUUCUACCCAGAUCCAGUCAGGAUGGAGACCCCUGUUCAGUGCCCUGGAAACAGUUCACAGCAGCAGCAAGUCAGAGGUUAAAGAGUACCUUGUAGGAGAAUACUCCAUGGGGAAACGCCAGGCUCCGGUGUUUGAUGUCUUUGAAGCAUUUCUAAACACAGACAGCAUCCAGGUCUUUGCCAAUGCCGCCACCAGUUAUAUUAUGUGCCUUAUGAAGUUUGUCAAAGGACUGGGGGAAGUAGACUGUAAGGAGAUGGGUGACUGUGUGCCAGGAUCAGGAUAUGCAUCUACAGACUUGUGCCUUCCCGCGCUUGAUUACCUCAGGAGAUGUUCUCAGUUGUUAGCCAAAAUUUAUAAAAUGCCCUUGAAACCCAUCUUCCUCGGUGGCCGGCUGGUUAAUUUGCCCCGCAGAGUGCAGGAACAGUCAGCCAGCAGUGAGGAUGGUAUUGAGUGCAUCCUUUCUGACUUUGAUGACGACACUGGUCUUAUCAGUGUCUGGAUUAUUCUGCUGGAAGAAUUAGCAACUGCCAUAUCCAACUGUCCCCGUCAGCACCAGCCUCCUACUUUGGAUCUGCUCUUUGAAUUGCUGAGGGACGUUGCCAAGACACCUGGACCAGGAUUUGGCAUUUAUGCAGUUGUACAUCUUCUCCUUCCCACGAUGUCUCUUUGGCUCCAUCGCAGCCACGGUGACCAUUCUUACUGGGAUGUGGCAUCUGCUAAUUUCAAGCAUGCCAUUGGCCUUUCCUGUGAACUCGUAGUGGAGCACAUUCAAAACUUCAUACACUCAGAUAUCGGUUAUGAAAAUAUGAUCAAUACUAUGCUGAAAGAUCUUUUCAAGUUGCUGGUAGCCUGUGUGGCCGAACCAACAGAAAUUAUUUCCAGAGUUGGCUGCUCUUGUAUCAGAUAUGUGUUAGUGACAGCAGGGCCUGUUUUUACUGAAGAGAUGUGGAGGCUUGCAUGUUGUGCCUUGCAGGAUGCGUUCUCUGCCACUCUGGAGCCGGUAAAGAACCUGUUGGGCUAUUUCCACAGUGGUUCUGAAAGCUUUAGUGGAGAUGCCUGUGAAGUGAAGGUGGCAGCCCCCUCCCUCUCGCCAAGUGCUGAAGCUGAAUACUGGAGAAUCAGAGCCAUGGCACAACAGGUCUUCAUGCUGGAGACUCAGUGCUCCCCAAAGACACCUAGCAACAAGGAAGGGUUUGAACAUGCCCAGUCAUGCGUGCUCAUCAUUGACCUGCCACCAGAUAAGAAACCAAAUGGGCAUACCCAGAGAAGUAUUCCUUUCCGGACGAUAGUUGUGAGCUUGCUGUCCCACCAAGUACUGCUCCAGAAUUUAUACGACAUCUUACUGGAAGAAUUUGUGAAAGGCCCUUCUAACUUGGAGGAGAAAAUGACAAUACAAGUACCAGAAAACAAGUUGGCUGGUUUUCUCAGAUACAUCUCCAUGCAAAACCUGGCUGUCAUCUUUGACUUACUGCUGGACUCCUAUAGAACAGCCAGAGAGUUUGACACCAGACCUGGGCUGAAGUGUUUGCUGAAAAAAGUGUCUGGCAUUAGUGGAGCUGCCAACUUGUAUCGCCAGUCAGCAAUGAGCUUCAACAUCUACUUCCAUGCUUUGGUUUGUGCAAUCCUGACAAACCAGGAGAACAUCACUGCAGAGCAAGUGAAAAAGAUCCUCUUUGAAGAUGAUGACAGAAGCACAGACUCGUCACAGCAGUGUUCUUCAGAAGAUGAAGACAUUUUUGAAGAAACUGCCCAGGUCAGUCCCCCACGAGGGAAGGAGAAGAGACAGUGGAGGGCUCGAAUACCAUCGCUGAGUGUACAGCCUGUCAGCAAUGCCGACUGGGGGUGGCUAAUCAAGCGGCUUCAUAAGCUCUGUAUGGAACUGUGCAACAACUAUAUCCAGAUGCAUCUGGACCUGGAGAAUAAUGUAGAGGAGCCUCCAGUGUUCAAAGGCGACCCUUUCUUCAUUUUACCAUCCUUUCACUCGGAAACCUCCACCCCCUCAACCGGAGGGCAGUCUGGGAAGGACACGCCAUCGGAAGAUGACCGGAGUCAAAUCAGGGACCAGCUGGGAGACAGCCUGACACCCCGAGGAGGGAGUGGAGAAAUGUUGCUGCUACCCCCACCCCUAAGUCCUAAACCAGAGAAAAAAGAGCAAACCAGGAAAAAAGAAUGGUGGGAGAGUGCUGGCAACAAGAUCUACACCAUAGCCACUGACAAAACUAUCUCCAAGCUCAUGACAGAAUACAAGAAAAGAAAGCAGCAACAGGCCAUGACGUCCUUCACCAAAGAGGUCAAAGUGGAAAAGAAAGGGGAGUUCCUGGGUUCAAGAGGGCCAGACUCGCCCAUACUGCAGCGGCCACAACAUCUUGUAGAUCUAGGUCAAAUGAGGCAUUCAUUCAGUGCUGGUCCAGAGAUCCUGAGACAGGAGAAGAGACCACGUUCAGGAUCCACAGUCAGCUCCCUGAAUAUAUCUGUUAGGGAUGCCGAGGCCCAGAUACAGGCAUGGACCAACAUGGUGCUGACAGUUCUCAGCCAGAUUCAGGCCCUGCCAGACCAAACAUUCACAGCCCUGCAGCCAGCGGUGUUCCCCUGUAUCAGCCAGCUGACUUGCCACGUGACAGACAUCCGUGUCCGCCAGGCAGUACGGGAAUGGCUGGGAAGAGUGGGCAGAGUUUACGAUAUCAUCAUUUAA